GCCAAGCCACUAAAGCCCUCUCCUUCUAGAAACCCUUCGUCCUUCGCCUCCCCUCCGGCGAGAAGACGAGCUCACGAACCACCUCCAAUGGCGAAAGGAAGCCCUUCUCCGCCGCCGGCGGCUGCUUCGUCCUUCCCGGUCUUCGUCGACUCGAACCUCGAUACUCAUCUCGCCAUGGUCGUGUCCCCUGACGACACCGUCGCCGAUCUCAAGAGGAAGAUAAGGAUAGAGCAUGCCCUUUGCUUUCCAAAUGCCGGAGAAAUCACCAUCCAGGCAAUAAAGGUCAAGCGCAGAUCGUCCUUCUAUCAUUUGUCAGAUUCAAUGCUUGUUAGAAGUGCUUUUGAUGGUAUCCAAGGGACUUGGUUUCUUCACAUUGAUGCUUCUCCUGCCUCUAUGGUGAAAGGUCAAGCAGGAACUGUAGAAAAUGUUGUGAGUGAGAAUGUUGAGCAAGCAGAAAAGCACGAUCAGCUUCAUGUGGAGCCUAAUGUUAGUGACUUGCCGGGUUGCAACAGUGAUAAGAUUCAAUGUGUUGUUGAUGGGAAGCAAUCAUUGCUUGAAACUUCUCUGGACAGAUUAGCCAGUCAUGGUAACUCAUCAUUGCCAAAUGCUAGAAGCUGUCAAAUUGAUAGCAUGCAAGGUUCUUCACAUGAUCAGAUUGAUAUGGGUGAUACAAAUGUUGGUGCAUCAAAGGGCAUGAACUUAAGAGAAAAAGUGGUGUCUGAACCUGAUCAUAUUCCUGAUGUAACAGAUAUGCAUGAAGAACGAACUUGUAAGGUCAUUGAAGAGGUUGAACCACAAGAACAGUACAACACUAGCCUGGUUGGGGGUCAAGAGGAGAAGGAUGGUGGAGAGGAAGGAUGCGAGAAUCCCGAUGUUGGAGCAAGUGAUGGAGGUGCUUCUAUUAUUGAUACCAAGAAAGAAAAAAUCAGUAAAAGGAGUAAAGUCUCAGGGAACAAUCUCAUUUUGGAUGUAGAUUCAGAACAUCUUUCUCGAGAGAAGAAAAAGCAGAAGAAGGAAAAAGAUGGCUCUUUUAAGGAGUCACUUCUUGAGGCUCCUGCAACAGGAAAUAACUUUGAAAGGCCUGUCCAUGACGAGGAGACAUCAAAAUUGGAAAAUGUUCCUCCAGGAACUAAUUCUCAGGAGAAACAUCUGGCUUUUUUCGUGGGAUUAUCUGGUAAACUAAUCCAAGGUGACUCCUCAUUGCCAGAAAAUCUAACUGAUGAUAAAAGGAAAAAGAAAAAGAGAAAAAAGUCAUCCAAGUAUCACAAUGAAGUUGAGUCAGCUGUUCCAUCCAAAAAUGGUAAUACUAGUUUAUCACACUGCACGGAAGAACCACAUAUCAAAAUUGGACCAUCCGUUAAUUCAGUGGACAUAACUGGUGCUGUUGUUCCAGUAGGUGAACAAGCUAUUGAAGGUAAUGCUGAGGAGGUAGGCGUAAACAACUAUAAAACUCUGACCAAAGAGCCUGAUGCUGCAGCCCGUUUUGAAGAAGCUACAGAGAAUGUCACUGAAGAGAACCAUGAAGAUCCUCUUGAUCAUAGCCAUACGGAACAGAGUGUAGAAACUAAUGUUCUAGAUGGUUCUGCAUCACUUACAAAUCCUGCAGUAGUUGGUCCUGAAGUUCCAACUAACUCAUUUUGCAGCAGGAAAAGGUCCAAGAAUGAAUUACCAAAUAACACAGCGAGCAGGUUUGAUCCUGCUGAUCCUUCGGAACAUGUGAAUCCUUAUGAAGCAUCUGGAGACAACUGUAGAGAUCUGCAUGAAGAAUCAGAUGCAGCAACCAUUUCAAAAAAAAUUGGGGAUCCUAAUAAGGUUGCAAAUUUAGAUAUUGAAGUUCCUUCUGGCACUAAUAUUAGAAGCUCACAUCAUCGGAGGAAAAAGAAUACAAAGAAAGCUGAACUGACCAAUCUGCAACCUAAUAAAAAUGGGAUUGCUCAUCCUUCAGGUGAUCAAGUCAGUGCAGAGGACUAUAAAGAUACAUUAUGUGACCACCAUAGAGAACUUGGUAAAGAAUCUGAGGGAGCAACUAUUCUUAGAGAGGCUGUCGCUCUUGAAAAUUCUCCUGUAGUGGAUUCUGGUACGCUUUCUAAUAUUGAUGACCGAAAAUCAAAUCGGAGAAGCAAAAAAUCAACAAAAUCCAAACUUCAAAAUCAUAAGUUCAUCCAACAAGAAUCUGCCUACUCUCUGGGGAAAGAACCUGUUGAAGAGAAGCCCAAAGAAACAUUGGAAACCAGCCAUAAAGAUUUGGGUAAAGAAUCUAAGGCAACGACGAGUCAUGGAGAACCUGCAGUUCUUGGAAGUCCUUCAAAAGUAGAUUUAGUCAUUCCUUCAAGUAACAAUGAUAAAAUCUCGCGUCACCGCAAGAAAAAGUUAGCCAAAGCAGAACAUUUUUAUAGCACAUCCAGCAAUCAUGAUCUCUUUUCAGGGGAUCAGAGUACUCGAGAGAAUUUUGAGAAAGCAUUCAGAACUACUAACGGAGAAUCAGGUAAUACAUCUAAUGCAGUGAUGCUUCCUGAAGAUGCUUCCCAGAAUAUAUCUCAUGGAACUAUUUCUAAACUAGAUUCAACUGGAUGGUUAAAUGAUUCAUCUAACAAGCAUGAGACUGCCCACCAUUCAACAAAAAACAUAACCCAAGAGAACAGAAAGGAAUUGUUGGGAAAUACUGAUGAGAAUUCUGUUCAAGUAAAUGAAAAAAUGGAUCUUUCCAAGUCUGGUAGUGGCAAGACUAACUUCGAUUCUUUUCUCCCUAAAGUUACCAAGCAUGAAUCUGUUCUUUCUGCAAAAGAACUUCCAUUAAAGGAGGCUGAAACUGGGAAAUUACAAAAGGAUAAAAGUAAAAGGAAAAGAAAGUUAAACAUGCAUUCACAAGAUUCCAUUGCUGAUACUGUAAAGCCUUUAAGUUCAAAUGAGCAGCAUGUGCAUAAAAGUAAAUACCAGGAUGCUGAUCCUGGUAAUCAUAUUCUGAUUGAUUCUAUGGCAGAGCUCCCAAAUAAGGAAGUUGAAACUAAAACAACACAUGAUGAAAAAACUAGAGAGAGGUCAAGUAAAUCAAAUAUGAAUUUUGGUGAUACUUCUUCUAUUUUGAGGCCACCACAAAACUCACAUGAUGAUAGCAGGCCUGAAAAGAAGCUUCAAGAGUACAAAUCUGAUACUUCCCAUCAGGCAUCCUUGUCAAGGGAUGAGAAAAGAAAGCAUGUGCGUCACCCCAAAGAAAAGACCUCUGCUUCUGACAGUAAGCUUAAAUCUCAUGACCAUCAGGAUGGCACUGCCAUUGUGCACUCAACAGAUGAAGUCCCACAUCCUGGGAAGAUGAAUGCUGUCAUCAAAGGUGAUGCUGUAGGUGCACCUGCCACUCAGGGUGAUAGUGCUGAUGUUGCUUGUAAAGAUGCAGUGGCUGAUCUGUCCGCAUCUAGUGACAGCACUGAAGAUACGCCACAUCGAACAAAGCGAUAUAGAGUUGCAGUUAGGAAGGUUCCAAGUAAAAGAUUUGGGAAGGUUCUUAAUCAUUCUAAACAAGAAAAGCCCUCGUUAGCUACUCCUGGUGCAAUCUUUGAUGAUGAUACAAGCGAAAGUACUGAUGAUGAGUUUGUGAUUACCAACAGAGAAGAUCAUAUGAAAGCAAUCUCAGAUAAUUCAUCUACAUCUGCUGACUCAGAUGGGGACCUUGAAGAAACACAAACUAUAGGAAUUAAACCUGCUGCAUUUGGUAAAAAAGAUGGGGGAAUUGAUGAUGGGGGCAUCAUAUUGUCACAAAAAUGGACAUGCUACCGCAAUCACUUGAAUGGACAAGCUACUCUUUUUAUUGUGGAGUGUUAGAAAUUAAAAAAACUAUGCAAGUUGUAAAACAAGCUGGUAAAUCUAGCUCCUUGCUGGAAAUGAUAAUGGGAUGAACAGGGGAGUCUCUUAAUAAAGACCUCUAUUUGAAAAUAUGGAUUGUUAAAAGUUAAUUGUUUCUCAUCACAAAUGUCGGUGUCAAUCUCAGUGAGUUUGUUAAUUUUGACGCAAUAUAAAUAUGAAACUCUAGUAUAUGCCCAAAUUGCCCUUUGUUUAGAUUAAAUGGAUCUUCUUAUCUUUUUGUUUUGCAUUGGAAAGCUUUCCAUCUUCCAUGUGGUGGUCACUAUGAAUUAUGAAAGGUGAGAAUUAACAGACUUUAAAGGGACGACAUAAUUCAGAUGAUUUUAUGACAGUUCAAGAUUUUUAGUUUGCAAUUGGUUUUCCUCUUUGGUCACUUCUAAGCUAUCUCAUGCAUUGGGAAUUGUAGAUUAUAGAAGUUUAGUACGUGUUGAAUGUCUUGGCCUUCAUCACUCGUAAUCAGUUUGAUAGCUCCAGACUUUUCUGUACUUAAUUUUAUUACUAUUAUUCAAGGUACGCCAUCUUGGUACCGGGCCUCAUACCGGUGCCACUUUGUUAUUGUGUCGGUACGCCUGGUAUGGGGGCAGAUUCGGCUUACCAAGUAUGGGUACGCCCCCUUACUAUGUACGGAUACCGAAUCAGUAUAUACCGAAUCAGUAUGGUAUAGUAUGUCCCGUACCGUCUAGUUCGGUACAUUAUGACAUACCUUGCUCUUACUGAUGAUAGGUUCACCAAGCUUGGGUUUAACAUACCUUGGUUGUAAUAGUAAUGACCUUUAGAAGAAGAUAUUUCAAAAUUCAAACAUAUUAAUAUUUAGAUAGAAAUGUGGAAAUUGAAUCAAUGACAAGUCAUCACAAGAAAGGCAUCCCUUUAACUUAGAUACGUCACCUCAUAGUUAGUAAUUAAUUGUAAACAUGCUUUGCAUAAUAAAUAAGGUUCUGGCUUAGAGGAUGUCUCCAGUGCAUAAAUGGUAACUUUAUCAAAAACAUUAUAACAUACAGCAUUCAUUCAAAUUUACCUAGAUGUUCCAUUUGCCUCUUUUGACUCUCUCACAAUUCCAAGCCUCUUAUGCUUCAAUUGCUCAUAUCAAGUUUUGGCUCUUACAUAUCUUAAAGUUUAAUUUUGUGAAUCUCUUACAUAUGACUCCACCUCAUCAUUCUAUCUUUGCUAUACCCUCUUCAUUCAAAAAAGAAAAAAAAAGGUUCAUGCACCCUCUUCUUGACUGACUGUUAUAUGAGGGUGCCCUUUUACCUCACCUUUUUUCUUUUUGUUUUCUGUGGUGUGUCGAAAGAAAAUCUUACCUUCAUCUGUCAUGCUAGCUGUAAUAUCUUCUUAAUUUCUUCUUCAAAUAAUGAUUUGAAGGUUAUAGAACGGGAGGUAGUCACUUUAGAAAAUUUCUUAUCCAAUAUUUGAAUUAAAUCUUGAUUGUAGAGUUUACUCUUUGUAUCAUCUCCUUACACUAAAGUUCAAAUGAGAAAAAGGGGGAAAAUAUAGCUAAGUUUUGAAGAGUUAUAGCUGAAUCAAGAAGAGAUAUAUCAAUGCAAACCCUAUCUCCUUGUUUUUUUACUAAAAGUGUUGUUUAUUGUCCUAGGUAUUUAAUCUUGAUUCCUGAUCUUUCAGAAAACAAACCAUUGUUUCAGUCCAUUGAUAUUGCUAUGUGUUACUCUUAUAUAUGUCACUAAGGUCUCUUUCCUAUUUCCGAGUGGAAGUGCUUAUACUUAACCAAGUAGAUCAAACAUUACUUGAGAAACCAUCAAUAAUCAGCUUAAGUGUACCAACAGUUAUGUGGCAUCAAGCAUAUCGAUAUUUUGUAUAUCCUUCCCAGCUAUUUUGUUCCAUGAAACGUUCAUACUGAAUUUAUAGAAGACGGUCCAUUUACCGAAUAUACAAGCUUCCUUAAAAGUCUUUCGCUUGCCAUCAAAAAAGUUUCUCAUUUCAUUCUUGUAGAAAGAUGGUGUCUUUUUCUAGACCCAAAAGUGACUUUAAAGCCAGUUCACUUUUUUAUGUAUGAAGAAUAUUGGGUACUUAAUGUAAUGCUGCAGCAACACAAGUGUUAGAUUUGGGCACAUAUAUGAGUGAUUUAGCAAAAGGGUAAAAAGAGAAACAUAUAUAAAAACAAUUUAAGAUAGAUUUGGCUUAAAUUUGUAGUAUUGCAGAACAGAAAAUAUUGAAGGAUAAUAGUUAUGACGGUGUUUCAUUUUCACUGUAAUUUUUAGGGUUUCCCUCUGCAUUUCACUGCAAGCUAUCUUGCCCACUUUGGAAUGGAUGCUUUUAUGCUUUAACUGAAUCAUUCUUUCGCUAAAUGAUUUUGGUUGCUAAUCUGGUCUUUACCACCCUGUUUAGAGUAAUUAUGGAUUGUGAUAUCACACGCCUUCAACUAGGAAGUCCCUCUGCGCUAAACGAUAUUGGUCUCUAAGUAACCCACGAUAAGAAUAAAGACUAUUAACUUGGAUGAUGGUGCCCACACCAGCAUAGUUUCAUUAGGAAAGUUGAAAAAAGUCUUUCAAGUUCUAUAAUAUUGUAGCAAUAUUACAUUUUUCUUGCAGUUAGUACUGGAGUGGUUUAGUGAUUUAUGGGUCAUGAUUGAUUUGAAGUGGAAAACCACCUGCCCCCUUUUCCUCUCCCUCCUUCACUUACCUUUUCUCUUUUUCCCUCCCCACCUCCACCACCCUCCAACCCACACUCGUGUGCACUUGCCGUUUUUUAUUUCUUUUCGUGCAUGUAUUGCCUAUGGUCCCUCCCAUGCCUAAGAUUCAUCUAAGAUGUGUGCUUAAUGCAUUGACUUCUCACUACAUUUUGACUUGAAAUUUUCAAGCUGGAUGUGCGAGAGAGUAGAUAACACAUUCAAAGACAAGUGCACCAAAAAAUAAAUACAUCAAUAUUUUGAUGACAAUUAUCAUAUCGUCCAAAUGGCUAUUAUUCCUCUCGUCCAACAACAAGCAUGUACUGCAUUUAUUGAUGCAGGACAGCAAGGGAUGCUUUCUAAAGUGCCUAGGAUUUUCAGAAACAGUUAGAGCUGAGAGAGUAAUUACUUUGGGCUUGAUUAAGCGAUAUGGUGUGCCAAAUUCAAUACAAAACAAUGUCUAUGGCAACAAUAGUACAUUGAAUCCUCAAACAAACCAAAAAUUCAAAUUACAAGUCUAGCUAAUUCAUUGCAUAACCUGCACCUUUUUCUCAUGUAUAUUUGCUGUGUUGCAAUGUAUCCUGAAAUCAGAGUCUAGUACAUCAAGGUCAUCGUCAAGAAUAAAUUUGAUUUUCUGG